AUGACACAACUACCAUACGCGAUUGACGCCGAGACUCCGCUCAACCCCGAUGAGCUAGGGGUGCUCCGGGCUCAAUAUGAGAAGGAGGGCGACAUGGUUGGCGUCCAGACCAAGUUCAACUACGCAUGGGGCCUCGUAAAAUCCAACCUCCGCAAUGAGCAACACCUCGGCGUGAUGCUCCUCGCCGAAAUCUUCCGUACGUCCCCCGAGCGCCGACGCGAAAGCCUGUAUUAUCUUGCGUUGGGUAACUAUAAGCUGGGAAAUUACGGCGAGGCGCGCCGGUACAAUGACCUAUUACUUGACAAGGAGCCUGCGAAUUUACAAGCCGCCAACCUGCGCACACUGAUCGACGACAAGGUGGCUAAGGAAGGGCUCAUGGGUGUGGCUAUCGUCAGUGGCGUGGCUGUUGUGGCAGGGAUUGUGGGAGGUGUAUUGCUUCGCAACCUUGGCCGCAAGAGGUGA